CACCAGCAGAGCCACAGCAUGUCUCGAACACCCUCGCAGCCUGAGCGACCUGCUAGCGCCAGCCAGCCCAGCCAGCCGGCCAUUGUCUCUUCAAACCCCAAGGCUCUUAACGCCCAGGCCAACCCCAACAGCUUCGUCAAGCCUAGGAAGAGCGCCGCGGUUCAAAUUAAGAAUCUUGCCGGCGAGGUGGUUGAUACCUCAACUUUCAAGCAGCCUGCUUCUCCUGUUCCCACUCAGACCAGGACGCCCCCCGUCAUCGCCGCAUCCACGCCGCCUCAGCAGAAGCUCGACGCGCCAAGUCAUGCUCGCACAGACAGCCAGUCGCCGAACAAGACGGCCAAGGAGAUUCAGGAAGAGCUGAAGGCCAAGAUCCAGGCCGAGAUUCGAGCUGCUACCGAAAAGGCGGCAAAGCAGGAGGCGGAAGCCAAAGCGGAAGCCACCGAGGAUGCUGGGCCCAAGAAGGAAGAAGCUGCGGAAGCAAAGGCGGAGGAAAAGACCGAAGCAAAGACCGAAGUCAAGGCCGAAGCUCAGCCAGACGUCAAGUCCCAGCCCGAGGCGACACCCGACGUCAAGCCCGAACAGCCAAAGGCUGAGCCCGCCGAGACAAAGGCUGAGCCCGCCGAGACAAAGGCUGAGCCUGCCGAGACAAAGGCCGAGCCUCAGCCCGAGGCCGCUGCCAAGGUUGAGGCACCGGCACCCGAGAAGGCGGCUGAGAAACCGGCCGAGAAGCCAGUUGAGGAGCCUGCCCAGAAGGCUGCCGAAGCCCCCAAGGCGGAGGAGGCCCCUGCGAAGGCGGAGGAGCCCGCCAAGAGCGAUGAGCCUACAGAGGACGAUAUCGAGCGCAUCAUUCGGGAGAUGGAAGAGGCCGAAGCGAAGCGCGAGGCCCAGGAGGAGGAGCACCGUAAGAAGAGGGAGGCCGAAAAGGCAGCGCAGAAGGCCGCCGAGGAGGCGAACCAGAAGAAGAGCGCCGAAGAAGCGGACCGGAAACUGCGGGAGCAAGAACGCGAGAUGGAGAGGCUUGAGGAAGAAAAGGAGAGGCGACGUGAAGCCGCCGAGUCCUCUGGCAAGACUCUCUCCGUCGCCGAAGCCCUCGCUCAGAUGCGCAGCGGCAACGUCGAGGAGAAGAAGGACGAGCCCGCCUCUGUCGAGACCGUUGCCGACAAGCUUGCCGACUUUAGCAUCUCCGGCGACAAGUCUGGUGACGCUGCCGGCCAGAAGGAGAAGCGAGUUGCCAAGCCCGCCGCCCUCAACCUGGCGCCCAUCAAGACCAGCGCCGUGGAGCCGCCUCAGCCCAGCGCCGCGCUGCAGUCUCUCAAGUCUGCUCGCUUCCUGCAGGUGAUGGACCAGGACAUCUACCCCGAGGGCAUCAAGUCCCCCAACCCGGCCCUCAACGCCGCCGUCGCCAAGAAGGGCAAAACGUUCAAGUACGACGCCGCCUUCCUGCUCCAGUUCCAGAAGGUCUUCACCGAGCAGCCCUCGCUCCAGUUCCACCAGCAGAUUAAGCAGCUGAUUGGCGAUGGCGACGGCAACCGCUCUCAAUCGCGCGGUCAGACGCCUAGCUCGGCCAGACAGGGAUCCCG